AGCUGUAAGCUUCUGCUCCGUUUUUUGGAGCAUUGGCUGUGCUUUUAAUGUUCGAUCGAGUGUUGUGAGCAAAUAAUACCAAAGUGGAUAAAAAUGGCUUCUGCAACAAUUAAGGCGGAAUAUUAUUUCUCGCGUUUUCAUCUAUAAUCAGUUAUGCUCCGAAAUUGUUGGACUUCGGCUGCUGAUCAAAAUCUUUCAUAUUUCUGUGAAUUGAUAGAACCCUUUUCACAGCACGAGGGCAGGUGGAAUAAAAUGGAGACCGUGUGAGGGGAAAAGCAAUUAAAAUCUCAGCCAGUUAAACUAGAAUAAACGAUGUACACAGAUGAGUGAACAUAACUGUUGUAUUUAUGAGUUUGGAGUGAAAUUAAUUGAUGAAUCUGUUCUUUAGUUAUAGAAAUUUGAAAAUUUAAAAAACCGGUCAAUCUGCUACAUUUUUCUACUGAGUUAAUUUUAUAAUACUCUAAUUCUUAAUUACAUUAAUUUCGUUAUGACUUUCAAUCAUGAAAAUCUCAUAUUUCUUGCAAUUACCCGCGGUUGGCAGUUGAAUAAUCAAAUUCUAUCAGAAAUCGAUACCCACAGUUGUAGAUCGAUAAAGUAGGCAUCGGUCGAAUCGAUUUGGAAAAAUAUCAAUUUUUAUCACAGAGGUAAAAAUUGCAUGUCUGUUAUUGUUGAUUGGAUUCGGUUGUAAUUCUUUUCAAUUGGACUAGUUUUUCCUUAUCUUAUUAAAACUGACAUCAUUAAAAACUUUUUCGGCUCAUUGAACUGGGCGUAAUUAAUACUCUAAUUUCGCAAGCACCCUGUCUUUUUUUGCCAGCUGAUUUGAAUGGACAUUAUUUUUUCAGUCAAGAGACAAAGGGACGAUGGCACCAAAGGCUCCAGUUUCCGUCGCAGAUGCAGUUGCAAUAUUAAAGAAAUACAUCAUACAUUUCAAAGAAAGAGACAAAUUUCCCAUUUAUUUGUCUAUCAUAUGGAAAGAAAUCAGCCGGGACUUGGCGAACAAGCGGACGCCCCACAACGUGUAUGUGAAUGUUAAAGAAUAACCCAAGAAACAUUUUAUCUAUUGCUUGUGAGGAGCUGGGGAUUGUAUUUCCCGAGGAAGACCGGGAUGUCUCAACCCACAAAUCGACUCUCGCAGACUCGGACGCUCAAACAGCUGAUGAGUCAUUCGAGCUAGAUGAAAAAUGUGCUGGUCUUGAUGAGUUCAAAAUUUAUAUCACAGCAAACGAGUGGAUCAGUAUACAAGGGGGUGAGGUUACUUAUAAAGAUGGGAGGACGUAUAAUACUUUACGAAAAGGUGUACACACGAGUGUUUUGGCCGAUGCCUGGAUUAAUAUAAUUUAUGAGAACUCAUUAAAAAUUUCUCAUGAAGGGUCGGAACCUAAUCCUUUUUACUUCAAUGAUUUUAUCAUCAGAUUUCUUUACCAUAUACACGUGGUCGUGCUACUUCCAGUUAUUCAGAGGGAUACUUUUCUGAUGUCAAGAAUCGAGUUUUAAAAAAUUUUUCUGGAUUAAUCCGAGUUGAUAAAUUUGUCAAGAUUAUGUUAGACAAUGGAUCAACAAGUGUCACUCUUCUAGACUCCAAAUUGAAGGUUUUUCACGCAAAUGAAGGUCCUUGUCCAAGUCCGCUCCCAAAGGAGAGUCCACAGUCACAAAAAGAGAUCUCACACAGCAUCAAGUAUUUGAGGAAACUGAGUGUGUCUCAUCUAUAUCUCCAACGUCAGAAGUCCCAAUAGCAUGCGAUUAUCGUCAAUCAAAAGAAGCCGAUCCAUCAGUUCCUGUUGAUGUUAACUCUGAGAAUAUUGAAUCCCGUGACAACUCAUGGUACCAGAAAUUUAUGGCGAAGCGUACUGGCAUUUACUCUCAAGCACAGCCGGACAUAGGAUAUCAGAACGAUCUUGAAAGUUACUCGAUGAAGUCGUGGCUUUUACGCAAUGGAAAUAGAAUGAAAAAACCCACAUUGAUUGGCAACAAAUAUUACUUUGCCACUAAUACUUGUGGUUUCGAUUCGAUUGUUCAUGUCUUGUCUAAAUCUGCAAUGGAUGAUAAACAUUAUUUGGAGUCAAUGGAAAACUCUAAGAACCACGCCCUGCGAUUCAUGAAAGAAUUUAUCUUCCACGGGCCAACUACUGCUGUCGAGAAUUCCAGGGUGAAGUUGUUACUAGAAUGGUUUGAGUCAAUGGAGUUAUAUUCAACAGCCAAUGCUCUCCAAUCUUAUUCUAUUAACUUAUAUGGCACUCUGAGUCUAAUAUGGAAACGAGCUUUUUUUUUGUAUCCAUCGGCUGUGCGACAAUAUGAAUGUCCUGACUGUGGAAAUUACCCCGUAUUGGUGCCCACUCUGCAAGUAAACCAUUCUAAAUUUGAAAAUCCCGUGUGGAUUUGAAGUUCUGGGGGAUCUUCAAAUUUUCAAUGAAGGCUCACGUUUUGCAUGUCGUAAUUCGUCCUGUAGGAAGGGGUGCAAAGUCAUUACACAAUAUGCAAAUCAGAUAUUUGUAGAAUUGGAUGCACGUCCAAAGCUCACUUGCACUUAUGGAAAAUCGGAGAAAUUGAAAGAAUUUCCUACAACAUUAAUAUUAAAUGACAAUUGCUACAGACAUGCAGGAGUUAUUGCUCAUCGUCCUGGAGAUUUUGUAGCUUACUGUCUGAGGAAUAUGGUCCAUUGGCAGCUACAUGAUGAUCUGGAGCCAAAAAUCAUUUAUUGUAUUUCAUCAACUGUGGUAGUCCCUGAAGCAGUGAUUUAUGUGCAAUGUCUCAACAAAAACGAGAUCAAUGCAUAUCAUGGCACCUCAGAUACUCUAAAGCAUUCUGGACAUCCAAAUGACGUGAAAGAACACCAAUUCCCGCAGAACGAACUUCAGAUGACACACACAUCCAAUGAUUCCUACGAGAAGCGUAUUGAUAUCUCACCAAUGAAUAAUCCAUCGGAAUUUUCCAGAAGAGAACUUACUUGUACAAUUCCGAUUGAAGACUCUGACACCAUUCCUCAUGAUAAUUGGAGAUGUAAAGAAAAACGACCUUCCCUGGAUACUGAUGUGAAAGAGUUUUAUACUAUCAAAAAUUCUGAAGAUGAGAAAUCCAAUAUUGAGUUGGUGAAAUUGCUUAAAAGUGGUGAGUUACUACCUGGUGUCAUAAUUGAGGAGGAGUUGCUCCACGUUUUCCAAACAUCUAGCUUCGAUUCAAUUCUGCAUAUUUUGUGGUGCAUCGCAAUCAAUGAUGAUAGCUAUGGAUUACUCAUUAAAUUCUCUACUACUGAUAACCGAACGUUGGACUUGAUUGUAAAAUUAAUUAAUGGUGAGAAUCUUGAAUCUGUUUAUGAGAACAGAGCACUGAUUCUGCGGUCCCUCAGUGCAGUAGAAGUCUGUCGGAGUAAGACCGAAGUAGAUUUCGGUGUACAAUCAAUCCAUUUCACAGUAUGUGGUACACCAGUUGAUAUCUGGAAAACGUGUCUUGAUGCUGAGUCUACUGAAAAGAGAUUUUACGAAUGUGAUGCCUGUGGUAAAUAUAUCAUAAAAAUUCCAGCUUUGUCCCAUGAUUAUAAGAGACCACCACGAAGCUAUAAGUUGCAAAAAGCCCUUCCCUUCUGCAUGAGCCUCAGAAAAGCUUUCUAUCAAAGGAGAUUGUAUUGGGGUUCAUGUGUGGUGAUAACAACCCACAAUUUUCAUCUGUUCAUUGAUCUUCCCCAAUGAUCUCCACAAUCUUCUAUUGAUGCCGUCUCCAAAUCUCUUCAACGAGAAUUCGAUUAUCGAUUAGCGGUAAUAAUUGCUUACACUGAGGACAGAUACGUUGGAUAUUGUUGGACACUAGCAAAUUGGCUAUUAUAUGAUGGCCACUCUACUGCGGUUCAAACUGUAUCCGGGCCUGCGAAGAUUGAACCAAAAGGUUUUAUCUACGUUAUCAGGGAAUCUCAGCCUGCAAAAUAACUUCAAUGUAUGAUUAAGUAUUAAGUUGUGCAGUGCGUUCGUUGAAUGCAAAUGAUGGAUAUUUAAGCUUUAAACUUUAAGAGAUCUGUUAUGAUAAAUCACCAAAAAGUUCGUGAUGAGUCAUGAAGAAUGUUGAAAUCUGACUAUUAUUUAUGAAUGUCUCUAUCAUGAUAGAAUCACAGAGAAUGUUGAAGACUUUUUAUUUUUAAGGACAAAAUAAAGGACAUAGUUAGAAGUAAUA